GGAAUGCUCGUUCACCAAGGUGGGGGUUGGUUGAUCGACCGUACCCCGCUUUUCUACUCGUCCUGCCGAGCCCCGACAUUCAUUCCACCCCGAGCCGGCGGAUCCGCUAGGACGUGCCUGUUCUCCACCCGGGCGCCAGCCGAAGGAUCGUCGCGAGAUUCACGAGAGGAAGGGACAAGCGUACAAGGACGAACUUAGCGAAAUUACUGCAUCUCGAAAGAUGACGUGUAACUGGGCGUGGUUGUUGCUGCUGUUGUUCUCACUGGUCUCGGUAGGCAUGUGCCUGCCUACGAACCUGAUGGAGGACGCGGAGAAGGCGGACCAGGUCAUGAAUCCGAAAUCAAAACGAACCCAGGAGAUACUGAUGUUCGGCAACCAGCAGAAUCGACAGGCCGCUAAUGCUGCUGCCGUUGGUACCGCCGCUGGAGAAUCCUUCACCUCGAAUAUAGAAAAACGAACUCUCUCGGGACUGGGAGGCUUGAGAGCGGCUCUCAUUAACUACGAUGAACCAUCCUCGACCCAGAAAUCACCCAGCAACACUAUGUACGAUCAGGAGUCGCACUUGCAGUACGAUAAGAAUUACGACGGAAAAAUCAUCGUGAAUGAGGUCGAGGAAGACAUACCGCGGGUGUGGGACACAGAGCCGUAUUCGCGGUAUUACGCGGGCGAGAAUCGGCGCAAGAGAUCGGAAAAGUCCACCGCGACCGCGCGACCGAGCACCACGUUGCAGCCUCCGACGAGUUCGUUUCAAACAAGACGUCUGCCCAGCCUUCUGCCUACCCCGCAGCCGGUGCAGGCUCAAGUUAAGAGGAGCAUCCCGUACUACCAGGAACCACGAUACAAGCGCGAGCUGCCUCUGGACAUCAACCCUGAUGACGUGUUGACCCUCCUGUCACUGUGGGAAAACGAACAGCGUAACGGAAACUGGCGCAAAUAUGCUAACGAUGAAUACGAGAUAGACGACGGCGAUUUCCUUGAUGAGGAAGACCCUAGAAACGCGAGGAUUUCUACCUCUUCACCAGUUCUGUAUCCUUUUCUGUAUUCCUUUGUAGCUCUCCCAUGGUUGACGCCAGUGUAUCCCUCGCGGCACUACGACACAUUGUCGCCCUCUGACAUCGGGAUAGUCCGAACCCACCCGCCCAGCUAUUACGAGCAGUACGGAAAGCAGCUGGAUCAGCAAUAUGAAAGCCCCGCGCAAUACGGCAAUCACGUUAAUCCGCAGUACGAUUUCCUUUAUCCACAACGUGCCGCGUAUUAUCCCCAGAAGAGGUUCAUGGUGUCCAAGAAACGAUCGCAGGGUUACGAUGCGUAUCCCGCUGCUGAACUCCAGUUGAGCUCCCAACCGCGAAGCUAUCAAUAUCCCCAUCGAAUGGUCUACUAAGUAAUCUGCGACAUUGGGGCCUGUCUAGAGGCGCACGAAGAGAAGCAAGAAGUCUCCCGGAUGGAGAUUCUACCAGAAGGAAAGGAUGUUAGCAGCCGACGUUUCUCCGGGAGUCGGCGCUCUUUCGACGAACGGCCCUCGCUGUCGCUCCUCUUCAGCUAUCCUCCCUUUCUAUCGCAGGAGGCGAAAUAAGCAGCAGCCGUGACGACGGCGGCGACGCGGAUUUACUCGUUCUAAGAAAAUCACAGUGCUCACAGACAGAAGCUUUCCUCGGGUUUACAAGAGUCGCGCUGAAGAACCGAGGGACGUGAGAAUCAGACCUUCCUUGAUCCAGACUCUCUUUAGUCCAAGUACCUCGGAAUAUAAAAAGUGACAAAUUCGUAUUUAUAAUAGAAUAUGGCAUUUUAUCAUUGCAACGAUAAUCAGCAUUCAGAUCUUUUGCAGAGGCCCAUUUAAUACGAAUUUUAUGAGACAGUGUGAAACAUAUCAGAGUCCACGACUCAAUAUCCGGUACAAUUUUCUGCGUCAGCUGGUCGAAAAAAAUCGAUCAGUUUUCAUCGAGCUCUUUUUCAAUCCGAUCGCGAUGACGAUUAAAAAGUAAAUGAAAAAAAAAAAAUAGCUUCAGCGCGCUCUUGUUACUUACUCGCUUAAUGGUAAUGUUACGAUUUUAAGCUCCUUUUGCGUGUAAUACGGGCGACGCGCUCGUAAUGACGCUACGACUGAAUCAUUAAACAAUCGUAGUAUCGAAUCAAAUUACCCUCAGGCUUGGUUUCGACAACUUCGUGACUGAUAAAAUAUGCAUAUAUAUAAAUAUAUCUAUAUAUAAUACAAAUAUGUAUAUGAGGCGAUAUAGUUUUGAGUUAGCAUGAGACUAGAUGUAGGUCUAUUCGUCUAUAUAGAUAAUUCGAGCGAGUAGGAAUUGAGAAGAAUUGAAAAACGGAAAGACGAGAGAGAUACGCUCGACGUAUAUAUAUGUAUAGAGCGGUGAAAAAGUAGAGAUGGAGCGAAAUUUACUGCGAGAUUGAAUUUUUCUUCGAUAUAUGCAGAUUAUAAGGACCAUGUGCCCAUAUCAGACUAGAGAUUCAUCGAGAUUAAGGUGGAAUUUGAUCGACAAUUACAAUUUGUAUUAGAUCGAUGAGAAUAAAUCAAUUAAGAGAAAUAAACCUAUUUUUCAG